UUCUGUGUGAGCUUUACCUAACUUUUUUUAAAAAGUGCAGAAUUGGAAAUAAAUAAUAUAAAUAAGUAGUUAACGUUAAUUCCUAAUUCUCGUUUAGAUAUCUAGUUCUAUUUACUGUUGAAUGAAAUCCACAUUCGAGAUUAAUUUUGAAGAGUUAAGAUUCAUGUUGACGAGACUGUGUACCAUUGAAAAUGGAUGAAUGUUUUAACUUUACUUGGGAAAAUUCAACGAAUGUUGUAAAAGAUGAGGUAAUCAUAGAUAGUUCGGAAACUACGGGGCUUUCUGAAGAAUACGAAAUACUGGACUUCAUACCUCAAGACUGUGAAGCAGAUAAAGUUAUUACAGAAGAACAAGUAUCAAUUCAUGAUAAUGUUGCUGUAGAUAUGAUGGAGAAUACGCUAACCGAUGAAGUAGUAAUAGAGCAAUGGGAUGGAAGUGUUGCUGAAGAAGUUGUUGGUUCCGAACAGGAUAAUAUAGGAGAUGUAGAUAUUCCGCUUCCAACAAAUCAAGAUGAAUAUAUUGCUUCAAGGCCUUAUCCGUGUGAUUUUUGUAGCAGAAGAUUCAGGAAAAAAGUUAAUCUCAUAAAUCAUAUGGCUGCUCAUCAGAGGUCCCAUAGAUACUAUGAAUGUUUCGUAUGUGGAAUAAGGUUUAUAAAUAAUAGCGAUUUAUUGGACCAUCAAAAAAAUCAUGAUGAUCCUAUGGAACCGGGAACACUUAGGAAGAAAGUGGAUCAUAAAAAGUCAUUUGUCUGUCAGCUUUGUGGAGUGGGAUUUUCCAGGGAGAAAGCAUUGACAUCUCAUGUCCGGAUACAUGAGGGAGACUCACCAUUAGCAUGCAAAAAAUGCAAUCGAACAUUUUGGGACAUGAGUUCCAUGGAGGAACAUUGGAAAAUGAUUCACAGCAAUAUAUAUGAUAUUCAUGGAACUAGUUCUAAGCAAGAUGGCAGAUAUGGUAAUUACUCCUGUAGUAUCUGUGGAAUAUCUUUUUAUCGACAAGAUGAUUUAAAGAGACAUCACCAAAGUCAUGCUGAGGAAGAAAACAAUGACUCGCAAUCGGUACAUUUAUGUAACCUCUGUGGUGAAUCAUUUAUCAAUUCUCUGGAUCUUCUAUCCCAUACAGAUGAGGUUCAUAGUGAUGGAUUUGAGUACCGUUGCAUGAUGUGUGGGGAGAGCUUCAUAGAUGAAGACUUACGUUCAGAACACGUUCGAGAACACCAUCCUGAAAUUGAGGUUUUGCAUUGCAAGACCAAAGAGAAAUUUAAGAGAAACGUGAGAUCUCGUCGAAACAGAUAUCAUGGCCACGAUGAAGAAUAUUCAAAUGGUAAUGUUAAAUCUUCUGAUCAGCAGUUCUCCUGUUCAGAAUGUGGAAAGAAAUUUACUACCAGAAGCUCGCAACAAAUUCAUAUGCGAAUACAUACAGGUGAACGACCUUAUGGUUGUAGUUUUUGUCACAAGGCAUUCACCGAUGGUGGGACCCUCAGGAAACACGAAAGAAUUCAUACCGGUGAGAAACCAUAUGCGUGUGUAAUUUGUCCUAAAGCUUUCAAUCAAAGAGUUGUUUUGAGAGAACAUAUAAGAUCGCAUCAUUCUGGACCUGAUCCAAAAUAUUCAAAUACUUACUGUUGCUCUGUGUGUCCGAACAUGUUUGGUACUUCCCAAGAACUUAUAGUGCAUCUCAUUGAACAUUGCGAUACCAAUACCGCGAUGAAGAGGCCACCCAGAAUUGGUCCAAGAAAAUACACGCGUCGUAGAAAAUUAAAACCUUAUGAGGAAGAUGCACUUUGUUUCGAUGUUCAGGAAGAAGAGUCCGAAGAAGAGGUACAACUACCACAGAGCGGAAUACCACCAAAAUAUGAAAUAGACAUGGAUGUUAGAUGGACGAAGAAAAUGAAAAAUGAAUCUCCACAGCAGGCGUUCAUGCAGUAUGAGGAAUACAGUGAUAAAGAAACCGUUUCUCCCCCAACUUCAGUUCAGGAAUCACCUUGUACUUUUUCUGAAACAAAUCCCACUUAUUCGGAAACACAUUAUAUGAUGGAACCUAGGGAAGAGUCGAAAAAUUACACCUCGGCAAAUAAAUCAAGAGCGAAAAUGAUUCACACAGAGAAAAAACGAAAAAAUAUUGAACCCCCUGUAAUUAAACAAAAGCAGCGAAAAACACAUUAUUACAUGAAAAGCUCUUACAUAGAAUCGUCCGCAAGAGGAGAUGGUAGUAUAAAAUCGAGGACGAAAAAUGUUAGUCAUCUUAUUACGGUUCCUGAUAAGCCACCAAUCGCUAAAUUCGAUGAAGAUGUGAAUGCCGCUGAUAAUCUACUGAAACUGUGUGAGCCUUUUGAGAAAGAGAACAAUGAGCUAUUCAACUCAUAUAAAAUGGAAACACCGGAAGUGGCUGUGGAACAAACUAUAGAAUACAAUAACACUGAUGUCUUCAAGGAGGAAAUUGUUACGCGGAGAUCUUCGAGGAAGACUAAAGGUUUAUCUUCACGCAAUCGUUUUAUUGAUGGCGAUAACGAGGAAGAAUCUACUUCGAGAAAGAAAAAAAGGGGAAAACAUGCAAGGGAUAGAAGUCUAGAUGAAUCCAUUACCAAACAGGAAUUUGAACAGUGCGAAGAACAAGUAGUUUAUGAAACGCCUGAAUACUAUGCAAUUUCCGAGGGUAAUACCAAUGUUGAAGAAACUCAAGAAACAAUUUUAGAACCAGUGACUAAUAAUAUGGAACAAAAUAUUGAUCCUCUCCUUGAGUUUGCGGAAAUUUCUAUGCAACAUGCGAAGAGCCUUUUCCAAUGUGAAAUGUGUAGCGCAGUCUUUUUAGAAAGAUCUCAGUUAUUAGCUCAUGUGCGUAUUCAUAUAUGAUUUCAAAAAGAAAUUGAACAAAAACUAUGUAAUUUUAUGUUUAUUUUUAUUUAUUCUGGACAUCGUAUAUUUGGAAUGAUCAUAUUUUUUAUUAUUAAAUUAUUUUUGAGGUUCUUGACAUUUUAGGGUUUCAAAGAUUUUUUCUCAUUAUAUUCAAAAUAUAUCGAUAGAUUGGUGUGUACCUUUUUAUACUAAAAUAUACUUUUAUUCAAAAAAAUUUAAGCAUUGAUAAUAUCUUUUAAUUAAAUCCAUCUGAUUUUUUAUUUCUAGUUGAAUUUGUUGUUCCCAUUCUAGAAUAAGUACAUGAUAAAAUAAGGAGAAAUAUUUUCAUUGAAGUAGCAAAUGUCACAAGAUGUAAUUUAAGGAUUGAAAGUGUUUGUGAUAUUUCUUAUUCACCUUUGAAUAUGCUGCUUAUGUAACAUAAUAUUCAUAAUAAAUUGAGGAAA